AUGAGCACAACGCCAAGCCAACAGGGAAUCAACCAUACCAACAAGGAUCUGCCCAAGCUGCUCCUUGAGACCGACCUGAUGCUGUCGUCGAAACACUCAUCCAUUGCAACGCCCUCACCCUCCACACCCUCCUCCCACCACGCCAGCAUACCUACCACGCCCGUUGUAGCAUCGGCGUCACACAUCGACAUCACAAUCAAACACGAAGCGAACAAGGACCUGAAGCCUCUAAGUGAGUCCUCAGACAACAAUAACAAGCAAUCAUCAUCAUCAAAGACACCAUCAACGACAACGACUACAACAACCUCAUCGACAUCGACAACAUCAACAACACCACUUUCAUCAUCAAAGAAAUCAAAGAAUAAGGGAAAGGCCAAGCAGGAGAAGGACGACGCUUCAGCCUCAAACGACGAGAACAACAACGAAUCGAUUAUUAGAUGUAUAUGCAACAACAACAUCGACCAGGGACUGAUGAUCCAGUGCGAGAAGUGUGAUGUUUGGCAGCACAGCAUAUGCUUUGGCAUCAAGCAGCAGCAGGCCGUGCCCAAGCACUACUACUGCGAGCUGUGCGUGCCGCGCGCGAUGAACUGUGUGUGCGGCAAGGAGACGGCCAGCGGCAAGAUCACCGAGUGCAUCAUGUGCAAGAAGUGGUCGCACAACUCCUGCAACAGCAGGAUGGCCGACCCCUUUGAGUGCCAGAGCUGUGAGAAGCUGGACAACCUGGAGGCCAGCAUGGACACCGAGGACAAGGACGCCGCGGGCGCGCCCAGCAGCAGUAGUGCCAGCACCUCCAAGGCGCGCAAGCGUAAGCCGGCCGGCUUUGGCAGCAGGAGAAAGAAGUCCACUUCGAAGAAGGCCACCAAGGACAAGUCGACAACAGAUAAUAAUAAGGAUGCAGCGACGUCGCCCAAGGAUGCCGACGCGGACCACAGUGGCAACAACACGCCCAUGCUCGUCGAUUCCGACUCGUCGUCGCCCUACCUCAAGGAGCUGGACCUCAAGGAGCUCAAGAAGAACUUCACCUUCAUCGAGGACAUCCUGCCCAUUGAUGAACUGCGCGAGUCAUUCAACAAGAUCAAGUACCCCGUCGUGCCCAGCGAGGACUACAUCAACUCAUUCGAUCUAUUCUCCUUUGUCGAGCCACUAGUCGUUCGAAACAACUUCACCGAUGACCACUGCCUACGCACUCAACUCAAUACCAAUGGAGGUAACAGACAACAAAAGAAAUGUAUACACAAUCUGAGCGUCCAGGACAACUUGAUGUUCCAGAAGUACUGCUGGAUGUUUGGCGACUCACCUCUAAAGUAUAGAGACACGAUGAAGAAGGCGAUGGCACUGCUGCUACAGCAGUCUGUUGACAAGAUAGUUGAUUACAUGACAGAAUUUGCCCAAGAGGUGCUCCGAAUGAGUGAGGGCAUGGCCAAGGAGGAGUGCAGCAGCACGAGCAGCGGCAACAACAACAACAGCAAUCACCUCAAUAAUAAUAACAACAACAACCACAACCACGCCACCCAAUGGAAGCAGAUCAACGAGAACCAGCACGCCAGCGGCAUCAACGGCAGCACCUAUCGCGUGGACGACCAUGUCCAACCAUUUUUCAGUACAACCUUUGAGAUCAAAGCAGAGCAGAGCGGCACGUCACCGAUGACGUUCCUGUCGCCCUCGCUCAAGACCAUCAACUCCCCCGACAACCGCCUCAAGUCACCUCAGCAGCAACAACAGCAGAAGGACAUCCCGCGAAUACUGGCCUCCAACGAUGUCGAUGCCGGGCAGCUGCUGGGCGAGUACCUAGGCGUCCUGACAGACGCGGCCGACGUGCAGAACGAAUGUGCCGACACAAACUCCUUCUUCCUCAGCCCUUUGUCCCCAUACAUCCUAUUUUUCCCUCAUCCCAAGAACGCCGCCAGCAACUUCUGUUUGGACGCGCGCAACAAUGGCUCAACACUCCGCUACGCGCGUCGCUCUUGCGCACCCAACUCUAGUGUCCAGUUUACCAUGAACAGCAGUGGCGGAGGCUUGCGAGCCGCCAUCUUUUCCCGCAACCCAAUCCCAUCGCAAGCUGAAGUCACCAUCCCAAUUGAAGUACCUUACCGCGCGCUAAAGUAUCCGAUCGCAUGUGCAUGCGGCACACCCACCUGCCUGGUGCAGAUGUGGUUCAACGACCGAGCGUUGGCAGCCAUCCGCGUGCUUGAGGCACUGGGCGUGCCAGUGGACGAGAAGACCAAGCGACGCGAGCUAGAACGAAAGGAGUUGGAGAACAGCUUCACAAUUCCAUUGUCCUCGUCCAAGAAGAGGCGUGGCUAUUCCGACUCCGGCGACACCAAGAUCAAGUACGAGGAGAUGGACACCUCACCCAGCAAACGAGGCGCCGCAUUCGAGGAGGACGGUGCUUUGUCAGCGACGCCCACCAAGAUCCCAGGAAAGAAGGCUUGGCUGAAAGAGUACAAGCAGCGAGAGCAACCUCCCUCGCGAUCUCAGAUGACGCCACUCAAGUUGAACUCAAACCCAGCGCCAGCCACACCCAGCAACAGCAGUGGCAGCGGCAGCACCUCUGCAAGUCCAGGAUCAGACUCAAAAAAGCCGCUGUCACCUGUCCUCAGCAAGGUCAGCGAGAGCGAGGAGGAGGAAGGCCUGAUACCCGAUCACACAGCAGAGUACAGCAGCAACACGAAGCAAGGUGGCAUGCGCGACAGUGGCGGCUACUACCACAACGAUCACCGUGACCGCGACCGUGACAGACGUGACAGAGAGAGAGACAGAGACAACAGAGACAACAGGGACAGAAUGCAGAACAGUCCGCACCUGUUUGACCGAGACUCCCGAGACGACCAGUUCAAGAAUGGUCUUUCGCGCUCGGCCACCUUCACCCCAUCCUCUCCGACCCAGUCACCGCUGAUGCGCAGUAACUUGUCAUCAUCGAUGAGCAACUUUAGAGAGCACAUUGACCAGUCCUACCGCCUGAGUCGCGAGAGGGGCGAGAGCCGAGACGCCCCGGGUCAGCAGCAGCAAGACCGUGAACGUGAAUGGGAGCGGGACAGACGUGACCCAGCAGCAGGCAAGCCAGAGUUCAUCCGUGAUCGUAUGGAGCGCGAGAGAAACGACCGGGAACGCGAGUUCAGAGAGCGUGGAAACUGGAGCCAAUACGAGCGAGAGUCAUUCGACCGCAAUAGAUUCAAUCAACGCUUCCGUGGUGACAGGUCGCCGCCACCCGAACAUUGGGACGCCCCACAGCCACCAGGAGCUGGCGGUGCAUUCAGGAAGAACACUGGAUGGGAUCGUGCACGCGGAGAGCAUCCUUACGAACGCCAACACUAUCGUGGCGGCGGCGGUGGCCAAGGCACCGGCCCUGUCUUUGACCAAAGAGGAGGAGGUGAUCGCACCGGAUGGGACAGAAGACCACAAGGAGGCCAGGGCUAUCCGAGAAAUGGAUUCUCUCCCCCAUUGUCACAUGGCUACGAGAUGGAGGGCCAUCCAUACGAUCGCAACACACCCAAGUCACCACCACUUUCCGAAGGCAAGUCAUCAUCUGGUCGCGGUAGCGGCAAAGGCGGUCCACCCCUACCCAAGUCCUCACUCUAUGUACAACAGUCUCCCAACUCACCUCCCAACCAUUUCAAUGGGCAGCCUCCACCAGGCGACAACCCCGACGAGAUGGAGUGGAGUCGAAGUGGAAGUAGUCGAUCAUCAUAUGUUGAACGAAGAUAA